UUUUUCGCAAACCGAAAAAACCCCAAAUCCGAAUCAGCGAUGGCUUCACGCGGCAAGACAGAGACUGCCAAACUCAAACAGAAUGUUGAAGAGCAGCUUGAUCGACUGAUGCAGCAGCUGGCUGAUCUCGAGGAGUGCAAGGCUGACUUGGACGCGUCCGAGUACGAGGAGACCAAGAACGAGACGGUGGCCCAGCUGAAGGAGUUUGACGCGUCGCUCAAGAAGAUGAUUGCCGGCGACAUGAGCCUGGUGGACUCGCUCGGGUCGAUGCAGCUGGCCAUCCAGGCGGCCAUCAGCAACGCGUUCAAGACACCCGAGGUCAUCCGCCUGUUUGCCAAGAAGCAGCCGGGCCAGCUCAGGCAGCGCCUCACAGACCUCCAGCGCGACGUCAAGCUUGGCAAGCUCGCAGAGCCAGACUUCCAGCAGCAGUCGGUCGAAAUCCUCGUUGCCCUGCGCAACCUGGGCGAGCAGCUCUCGCCGGCAGAGGUCGAGUUCCUCAACAAGCACAGCUCGGGCUCGCUCAACAACUUUGAGAAGGUUUCGAGCGAUCUUGCGGGUGACAAGGUGCUGUCAGCGGCAGGCUCUCAAGUGGCGACUGCGCGCAAGAACUGAGAAUACAAAGCGAGACACCACUACAAAGUACUACGAGUUGCCUCUUGCUGCAACCCUGUCAUGGAUGUUCGUCUUCGCAUUUGUUUUUCCGGGGUCGUGCCGUGUUGCAUCUGCAGUGACAAGUCCAAUACAUGUUGGCAGUCUUC